UUUGUAAUCUAAUAGCUCAGACCAUUCCUCUUUGUCUACUAGUCUCUUUGAUAAACAGAAACCUCAUCAAUCAUUAAACAUGCAGACCUCACUUCUUCAUGAGCUAGUUGUUGGAACUCCAUUCAUCUCAGCAAGUUAUGAUCAGCUCCAAAAGUCAGUCAACAGAUACUUACCUGAUCCUGCCACUCAAUACCAAUGUUCAACCUCAACAAAGCAAAGUAGAGCAUAUUCGAUUGUGAAUAAGCAUGGAAGGAAUGCUGACAGUUUUUCACAAGGAGUCCAAGAACAUGUGAGACAAGGGACAAAUAUAUCAGAAACUGUUAAGAGGAAGUUGAGCUUAGGGGCUCGAAUUCUUCAAGUGGGUGGAGUUGAAAAAGUGUUUAAGCAGUUUUUUAAUGUGAGAGAAGGGGAAAAACUAUUGAAAGCUUCCCAGUGUUAUCUUUCCACCACAUCUGGCCCUCUAGCCGGUUUCCUCUUCAUCUCCACUGACAAGGUUGCCUUCUGCAGCAAGAGAUCAAUUAAAGUCUUCACUCAGAAAGGCCACAUGUUGAGAAUCCGUUAUAAGGUUGUCAUUCCAUUGAAGAUGAUUAAGUGUGUGAACCAAAGUGAAAAUGUUCAGAAACCAAAACAGAAGUACAUAGAGAUAGUCACGGUGGACAAUUUUGAUUUCUGGUUUAUGGGUGUGCUAAAGUAUCAGAAAACUUUCAAUUAUCUUGAGCAGGCGAUUUCUCAAGCUUAGAUGAGUAGCAAAAUCACUGUUUGAGUUUUAAACUUCAUGUUUUCAGCACAAACAUAAAGAUACAAAAAGUGAUCAGUGAAGAUACUGAGCAUUGUAUCUGAUGAAAGGGAUUUCACUUCAUUGUAUAUAUCCAUCCUGAUAGACACCACAUUUGGCCUAUGAUAGCAAAUGGAUGUGGUUCAUAUCAGCGGAGUUGCAGAUUGUAGACAAAAAUUGUGAAUGCAAGAGUUCACCAUUUGAUGCCUGAUCUGCUGCAGAAUC